CCAUUAAAUUUAAAUCUAUCCAUCUCCAGAACUAAUUCUUUGUUCUUACUCCACUCAUCUUCUCCACCCGCACGAGUAAACCUUUCAGCAGUUUUCUAAUACAUGAACCCUGAACUGGGGUUCUUAAAUUAGUUACUGAUAAUAAAUAAAACAAACACAACCAACGACCACGUUUAUUAUUCAGUUUUUCGAAAAGUUGUGCAUUUAGUUAGUUUUUCUCUCUCUUUCACUCUGUAAAAACUCCUCCUCUUCGGGUUUGAUUUAUCUCUGUCUCUCUCCAUAUUCAUUACUUCUGUGAAUCUUCUUCUGUCUCGAGAACUCCGCACAGAAGAAUUUUCUUCGCAAACGUCAAGAAAUAUUCAAUGAAUUAAUUAAUCAAAUACUAAGUUCGAUGAAUCGGUUGAAAUCCUCAUCUUUUUAGCUUAAUUAGUAGUAGUAUUUCUCGUCACAAGUUUCGUUGUAGGAUAGUAGUAGUAGAAGAAAGGAAAUCGGAUCUACUGAAAAAAGGAAUUCAGUCUUUGAAGCAUUCUCUCAGAAUCUGGUUGGUUCGUUCUUCCAGAUGCUGCAUUGUAUGUGAUGUGAAGAUGCAUUUUGUCUUUAGCCGACUGUGGCCGGCUGUCAUUUGGGUUUUUAGCUUUUUGGACGGUUUGUUAGCAAAGGUCUUUUCGGUUAUCGAAUGUGAAGUGAUUGUUUCACCAUCGUCUUUCGCGAUGUCGAAAGGUUCCUCCGUGUUUCGCCGCUCUUUCCUUCUUUUAGCUACCUUUUCAUUGCUCUUUCAUUUCUCUCUCUCAAAAGUGUUAACCGUUGAAAUUCAAGCCCUCUUAGAAUUCAAAACACAGUUACAGGAUCCCUCAAAUUCUUUAGCAACAUGGAAAGCAGACUCACCAGAUUCUCCAUGUGAUUUCGAGGGUGUCUCAUGUGAUUUGAACUCUCGUCGAGUCACAGGGAUCUCUCUUGAAAGCAAAUCCCUCUCGGGAGAGAUAUCAUCAUCUAUAUGUGUUCUUCAAAAUUUGACAUCUCUUGUAUUGGCUUCAAAUUCUUUCUCUGGUGAACUUCCUUCCGAGUUUAUCAAAUGCAGUAAUCUUCAAACUCUCAAUCUCACAGAAAAUAACCUCAACGGCACAAUUCCUGAUCUUUCUGCUUUGACAAACUUGGAAGUUCUUGAUUUAUCUGAGAACUACUUUUCCGGUAAGCUUCCUGAUUGGGCUGGGAAGUUAACUGGAUUAACUUCAUUGAGUUUUGGCCAAAAUAACUUUGAUGAGGGUGAAAUUCCUGAAAACCUUGGAAAUUUGAAGAAGUUAACCUAUAUCGUUUUGGCUGGCUGCAAUUUGAUUGGUACCAUCCCAGACUCGAUUUUCCAGCUAAAAUCUUUGGGCACAUUUGAUUUCUCGGCUAACAAGCUGUCAGGGAGUUUCCCCAAAGCCAUUACCACAUUGCCAAAUUUGUACAAGAUUGAACUUUAUGUGAACAACUUUACAGGAGAAGUCCCAUCAGAAAUUGCAAGUCUCACCCUUCUCCGCGAAUUUGAUAUUUCUAGGAACCAAUUAUCUGGAAAAUUGCCUGCUGAACUUGGUAACCUGAAGAACUUGGUGGUCUUCCAAUUGUAUGGUAACAACUUUUCAGGAGAAUUUCCUCAAGGUUUUGGAGAUUUAAAGCAUCUUGAAGUAUUCUCCAUCUACGGAAACAAAUUCACAGGAAAAUUUCCAGCAAAUUUUGGUCGGUUUUCGCCAAUGACCAGCUUAGAUAUAUCUGAGAACAAGUUUUCUGGUGAAUUCCCUCAGUACUUAUGUGAAAACAGGAAGUUGCAGUACUUGCUUGCUUUGGAUAACAACUUCAGUGGGGAACUUUCUGAUUCUUAUGCGGAAUGCAAGACUUUGCUGAGAUUAAGAAUUAAUAAAAAUGACUUGUAUGGUAGCAUUCCAAGUGGGGUCUGGGGAUUACCUUCUGCAAAUAUCAUUGAUUUCAGUGACAACAGAUUUACUGGAGGAAUUUCUUCAGAGAUUGGUCUGUCUGUGAAGUUGGGUCAGUUGUUUUUGCAAAAUAACAAGUUUUCAGGGGAGCUUCCAUCUGACAUCGGCAAGCUUACUACCUUAGAUAGAUUAGAUGCAAAUAAGAAUUCUAUCUCUGGUAAGAUUCCGUCUGAAAUAAAAAAUCUGAAGAAAUUAACGGCAUUGCAUUUGGAGGAGAAUUUAUUAACAGGACCUAUACCGAAAGAACUCGGUGAGUGUAUCAAGUUGGUAGAUCUAAAUCUUGCUUCAAAUUCUCUUACUGGUGACAUUCCUUCAUCAGUUGCACAUAUGAGCAGUUUGAAUUCCUUAAACUUAUCGAGAAACAAGCUUACUGGAGUGAUUCCUGGAAAUUUAGAUACAUUGAAGCUGAGUUCGAUUGAUUUGUCUCAUAAUCAGUUAACAGGGAUAGUUCCUAAUGAUCUGGUAAUGAUGGGUGGAGAGCAAGCAUUUACUGGUAAUGGAGGCCUUUGUAUUGACCAGAAAUUUGAGAAUCAGAUUGGUUCUGGAUUUAGUGUCUGCAGUGGAAGUCAUGAUUACAAGAAGCAUGCCGCAAAUAAGCUUGUGCUGUAUUUAAUUAUAGCGACAGCUUUGGUUAUCAUAUUAGCUGGGCUACUGCUUGUGAGUUACAGGAACUACAAGUACAAUGAAUCUCGCAUGCAAAAUGAUAUAGAAGGUGGAGUUGAAAAAGACCCGUGUUGGAAACUAGAGUCAUUCCACCAAACUGAAUUCGAUGCAGAUGAGAUUUCUAACUUGGAAGGGGCAACACUGCUAGGCAGUGGAAGUACUGGAAAAGUUUAUCGAUUAGAUUUGAAGAAAAGCGGUGCAACAGUGGCUGUAAAGCAAAUAUGGAAGGGAAAGGAAGUGAAAGUUUUGACAUCUGAAAUGGAUAUUCUUGGAAAGGUUCGACAUAAAAAUAUACUUAAGCUUUAUGCUUGUUUGAUGAAAGGAGGUUCUCAUUUCUUGGUUCUCGAGUAUAUGGCUAAUGGAAAUCUGUUUCAAGCUCUUCGCCGAGAAAUCAAGGGUGGGAAACCAGAGUUGGAUUGGACUCGAAGACAUAGAAUUGCGUUGGGUGCUGCCAAGGGAAUUGCAUAUCUUCAUCAUGAUUGUUCACCAGCUGUUAUUCACAGGGAUAUAAAAUCGACAAAUAUUUUACUUGAUGAGGAAUUUGAACCCAAGAUUGCUGAUUUUGGAAUUGCCAAAAUUGUUGAAGAAACUUCCAAAGUAUUGGAUUCAAACUGCUUCGCUGGUACUCAUGGAUACAUUGCUCCUGAACUCGCAUAUUCACUGAAAGUGACCGAAAAGAGUGAUGUCUAUAGCUUUGGUGUUGUGUUACUAGAACUAGUAACAGGCAAGAGUCCAGUCGAAGCCGAGUUUGGUGAAGAAAGAGAUAUUGUUUACUGGGUUUCAACUCAUCUGAGCUCCUUAGAUGAUACAAUCAAAGUUCUUGAUCCCAGAGUUUCAAGCUCGUUAGAAGAUGAGAUGAUUAAGGUCCUACAAAUAGCUGUUCUGUGCACAACCAAGCUUCCAAAUUUACGUCCGAAUAUGAGAGAAGUAGUGAAGAUGCUCGUCGAUGCUGAUCCUUGCUAUGCUUGCAACACACUGAAAAUUCAAGAGAAAUGUUGAUAAUUUUAUGUUUGCAGAGAAUCUCUGAUCACGAGUAUAGGUUCUGUGAUUAGAAAUUCUCUUGCUAUAUAUAGUUUGCUUCCUAGGUACAUGUUCUUGUGAUCCUAUAUAUGAUCAGGGAAUUACUAUAUUACGGUUAGAUAACUAAAUUUCUAUGAAUACGAUUGCCUUGUUAUGAAGAAAAGUAUGGUGUUUUGCUGGUCUUCUGAUAGACGCAUUUAUGUGUCUAAUAUAGCUCAUUUGUAUA